GUUGUCACCUGUUACAUGAAUAGAGGUGGACGAAGUGUAGACGGGUCACGCGACGCUUUCUUGAGGAAACCUUUGAGCAGCCGACGGCUCUUGUUACUCCCGAACAGUAUUCUCUUGGACAGGCAAGAUGGUCAAAGACGAAGAUAUGAAAGAGGAAUUGGAAGUCGUUCUAGGCGCGAAAUCAGAGGACACCGAAGAGGAUCUCCGCGCAUCCAGUGCGGAAAUGGCAGAGGCAACGACGACAAAGGCGACCAAGAAGCCUCCGACACGAUCCGCUACCACUCCGGGAAGCACUUCGCCACACAGUACUACACAGAGCACAAGCACAACGUCUACGCGUAGGCCGAAGCCUAGAAGAACGACAACAACGUCAACGAGAAGGACGACGCCUAGAAGGACGACAGCAACGUCAACGAAGAGGACGAUGCCCCCAAGAACGAAAGCAACGUCAACGAGGAGGACGACAGCUAGCACGACGGUAGAACCGACGAUGACGGGAGAAGGUACUGCAACAGUGGUGACGAGCAAAGACAGCGAUCAACCAGCGUUUACUGAAGUCCAGACAGAAGAAACCACACAGCCCCGAUCUACACUUGAGGAGACAUCAACCCAGGACAAAGCGGGACGUGCUACCAUCCCUACUCAUCUACAUAAGUUCACUGAGCCCUGUGACAGCAUCAAUACCAACUCAUCUGGAUACAUCGGAACAAUUAACUCGUUCAGAAACAUGACCAGGGUGACUUGGUGCGUAGCAAGUAGGCCCGGAACGGUAAUAAGCGCGUACUUUGUGAACCUGAACCUAAGAGAGGAACAGCCCUGUGUCUCAGAAUACGUGCGGUUCUACGACGGUGGCGGCUCAGGUGCUCCAAUAAUAACUACUGCCUGCGGCGUUCAACCUCCUCCACCAUUCGCAACAACGGGAAACAUCCUCUACGUGGUAUAUGUUCGGAGCAGAGACGUCCGGAUGGGUGAUUUCAAACUCCGGUAUUAUCCUACACCUCUAACAACAGCCUCACCACCAGAGUAAACUAAAUGUCCCAUAGCGCUAGAUGUACCUAUUCAAAAUGCAGUAAAGGAAGUAGCAGAACGGAGACAAACAUCGGA